UCCCCUCGGCUUUCUUCUCGUCCGUGUCCGCUGAGGGUCCAGAGCCGGGUCCCCGCGGAAGCGGCGGUGGCGGCGCCAUGGCGGAGCUGACGGCUCUGGAGAGUCUCAUCGAGAUGGGCUUCCCCAGGGGACGCGCGGAGAAGGCUCUGGCCCUCACAGGGAACCAGGGCAUCGAGGCUGCAAUGGACUGGCUGAUGGAGCACGAAGACGACCCUGAUGUAGACGAGCCGCUGGCGACCCCCCUUGGACAUGUCCUGGGAAGGGAACCCACCUCCUCGGAGCAAGGUGGCCCUGAAGGAACCGGCUCUACUGCCGGAGAAGGCAAACCCGUUUUGAGUGAAGAGGAGAGACAGGAACAGACUAAGAGGAUGUUGGAGCUGGUGGCUCAGAAGCAGCGGGAGCGGGAAGAAAGAGAGGAGCGAGAGGCUUUGGAACGGGAACGGCAGCGCAGGAAACAAGGGCAAGAGUUGUCGGCUGCUCGACAGCGACUUCAGGAAGAUGAGAUGCGCCGGGCUGCUGAGGAGCGGAGGAGGGAAAAGGCUGAAGAGUUAGCAGCCAGACAGAGAGUCCGAGAAAAGAUUGAAAGAGACAAAGCAGAGAGAGCCAAGAAGUAUGGUGGGAGUGUGGGUUCUCGGCCUUCUCCACCAACAGAGCCAGGUCCUGUUCCCUCUUCUCCCAGCCAGGAGCCUCCCACCAAGCGGGAGUAUGACCAGUGUCGAAUACAGGUCAGGCUGCCAGAUGGGACCUCACUGACCCAGACUUUCCGGGCACGGGAACAGCUGGCAGCUGUGAGGCUCUACGUGGAGCUCCACCGUGGGGAAGAACCAGGGGGAGACCAGGACCCUGUGCAGUUGCUCAGUGGCUUCCCCCGGCGGGCCUUCUCAGAGGCUGACAUGGAACGGCCCCUGCAGGAGCUGGGACUUGUGCCUUCUGCUGUCCUCAUUGUGGCCAAGAAAUGUCCCAGCUGAGAGGCCUUUAUUCCACCAUCCCUUUCUGACCUCUUCAUCUUUGAUAAAGCACUGACAUCUCCUUCCUAAUAAAUAGACCCUCUGAGUUCUGUA